UUUGUUGCCCUCAAGAAGUUUGCAAGCCCUCGAAUUGUCUGGCCACUGUUCCUCUUAACUGCAAUAUCCUCUCGAGCCGUUGCGAAUCGUGAGGCGUUGGUCUGGCGCCCGUGACAGCGCGGUUACGAAUCUUGGCCUGCUUCCUUGAUUCUCCCAGCCACGCCACGGCACCGACCUUGCAGAUUGCAGCCGUUGGGAUAUCAUCUCUCACGACCCGCACUGGCCUGAACUCCUCCACAAUUCACCACUGCAACCUUUACCUACCCACGGCGCGCCAAUCCGUUCCCUCUUCCUCUGACACUCGCUGGACCUGCAAUUCCACCACGACCGCUCGUCCGCCCUCACCGCAAUUCACCGAUCGCGAGGCUGCGCGCCCCUGUAAACGGCCAUGUCGCGAUUCGGCAAGUUCGACGACUUUUGUCGCGACACAGGCAAUCUUGGUUCGACACUACCAGUUUGUUAUCUCUUCGACCAAGCAUCUACACGGCAAGGAACAGGAUGGCAGGGUGGCUGCAAUCUCGUAGGCUUUGGUGUCGGUGGGAGCAGUAGACUCAAGAACUUGGGCUCGAUAAUACUCUGUGGCUUCGCAAUCCUCAUCUCAGCCUUCUUGCUAUGGAGAUCAGAACGGAAAAAGGCCGCUGUCGGGAGACGAGAGAUGCAGCUAUUCCUCCUUGGUUACAUAGUCAUAUCCAUUUGCGAAAUAUUCACGAUUGGCGGCUUCCCUCUCAAUAGCACCGUGCGCAUCGCUUUCGUCGGCGUCCACAUCGCUGCCAUCGUCGCGACUUGCUGGGUACUCAUGCUCAACGGCGCAGUUGGCUACCAGCUCCUCGAUGACGGUACUGCAAUGUCAGUCGGCCUCCUCCUGAUCUCCUCCGUCUUGAUAUUUAUUGGAACGGGCUACAUCGCGCUCGACACUGGAUUUGGCUGGACCGGCUACUGGAACGACACACUGGCGCUACCAAAUCAGGCGUAUGCUCUCUACGUUCUCUACCAAAUAGUCCCACUAGUCUUCCUCGUCAUCUUCUUUCUAUUAGAGGCAUUCUUGGUCCUGCGCAUUCUCGGCGAGCGCAAACCAAUGCUAUACUUGCUUGCUGCCGCAAUCUUCUUUGCCAUCGGGCAAGUCUUCCAGUAUGUUGUCAGCACGCACCUCUGCACCGGCACCAGCGGCAAGAUCAACGGAGGGCUGUUCGAGACGCUUUUCACCCUGCUCGCGGUAGUGAUGAUUUGGAUAUUCUGGUCGAGCAUUACGGAGGACGAUUGGCCCAUGCCAGUGGAAACAGGUUCAUACCACUAAUAGAAUCGCGAGAUAUAUGGAGGGUGGACGAGAGAUACGGCG